GGUGAGGCUGGAGCUCUGCGAUUCAACGCGGCCUGUCAGCACAAGUUUACGGCGCAUGUGCAAGAAUGGAUUUCUCCGCGGAAGACGAUAAGGCGCUGCGCCAGUUCUUGCCAACCCAGUUUGGCAAGACGGAGGGAGGCGUAGAUGUUGCGGCGCAAAUCGAGCGCGCGCGCAGACCAGUGGUGGAUGAGAGCAAGCAGGGCAAGAAGGUGGAGGACAAGAAUUCGGACGACGAUAGCGACGACGAUAGCGACGACGACGAAGACGAAUUCCCUGUCUCUCAUGAGCUGGUUGUCAAGACGCACGACCGCGCCGUCACGACGAUUGCGCUGGAUCCUUCCGGCAACCGAAUGGUGACGGGGAGCACCGACUGCACACUGAAGCUGCACGACCUCGGCACGCUGACACCGAGCACGAUUCGCGCCUUCAAGACAGUCGAUCCGUUCGAAACAAAGCCCUCGCAGACCGCCGAGUCGCAUCUGAUCCACCAGGUCUUGAUCAGCCCUCUCUCGGGAAGCCAGUUCCUGUGCGUGACGGCGACACCCCAAGCGCGGCUAUUUAGCAGGGAUGGCGCCCUCACGACCGAGUAUGUCAAGGGAGACAUGUACCUGCGGGACAAGCACAACACAAAGGGGCAUACAUCGGACCUCACGAGCGCGGCCUGGCAUCCUACCAACAGAGACAGGUUUGCGACGGCAGGUACAGACAGUACGGUGCGCAUCUGGGACGUCAACAAGAGGAUGAAGCAGGAGGAGGUCAUCGUGCACAAGUCGCGAGCAGCGGGGAGUGCAGGCAUGACACGAAUGACAGCUAUUGCCUGGGGAGCCGCUGCGGAAGGUGGCAGCAGCAUACUGGUUUCAGCAGCGCUCGAUGGCAGUCUGGUCAUGUGGGGUGGUGAAGGCCCAUUUCACCGUCCCUCGGCAGAGAUCCGCGAUGCGCACCAGAAGGACACAUGGACGAGCGGCCUAGACAUCAGCGCCGACGGAAGGCUGGUCAUCACACGCGGCGGCGACGACACAAUCAAGCUGUGGGACACACGCAAGUUCAAGACACCGCUCAACACCACAUUCCACCUCUCCACAUCCUCGCAAUACCCCACAUCGAACAUCAAAUUCGCGCCAAACUCGGCCAGCAUCAUCACAGGCUCCGAGACAGGCCACCUGCACAUCCUCAACCCCGCGACCCUGCGCCCCGAGCUCGUCACACCCGUCACCCCCGGCUCGCCGCUGAUCGCAGUAACCUGGCAUUCCAAGCUGAACCAGAUCUUCACCGGCUCCGCCAACGGGCAGACCACCAUUCUCUUCUCACCCACACUCUCCUCCGGCGGCGCCCUCACAAUCCUCAGCAAAGCGCCCAAGAAGCGGCAUCUCGAUGACGACCCCAAUCUGACCGUGGACAUGGACCCGCUAGGCAUGGCAGGCGAAGACCAAGGCGGGCGAGCAACCGCCGGUUCUUUCACAGCGCGGCACCCCACGAUCGGCCUCACAGCGUCAGGCAAGAGCCGGGAUCCGCGGCGUCCGCACAUCCCCGCCGUGACGCCGUUUGCGAAGAGCACGCCGGACCAGAAGUACGUGAUGGAGCAGAUUGAGGGCAGCGAUAUGCGCGAUGAGGAUCCGCGGGAGGCGCUGCUGCGAUACCAGCCCAAGGCCGGUGAGAAGAAUGUCUUCACUGGCGCAUGGGAUAAGUCUCAGCCCAAGGGGAUUUAUAGGGAGGACGAUAGUGAUGAGGAUGAGCCGGCGGGGAAGAGGGCGAAGAGGUAGGAUGUAUGCGACGCGUUGUGAAGUUGAAGGGGAGGUUUGGAAGGCUUAAUAUACCCAAAUCCAUACCUAUGGAGCCACCGUGUUAUUUCGAUGCUUAUGAAAAACGGAGUACUAAUUAUGGCUGUGUCCUCGUCCU